AAUCUGAGGUGGAUGGAUGACCCAGCAAAUGAGCAGACCAGGGCCAAGAACUAUAGGAUUAAGACAGGUAGGGAGGAAUAAGAUUGGAAAUAGCAUAAAAAUGUGAGGGGGGCAGCAUGUGGCUUCUAAUGAGAAACCAGUUGGCUGGAAUGGAGCAUCAGCUUUUUGGAUGAGAAAAUCUUUUCCAGAUAGGUACUGUCUGGUCUCCCAUGGGACACUGAUGAUAACAAGUACUGUGAUCUCAGAGCCUGUUGAGGGUUUGCUUUUCUUUCUUGGAGUCUCUUCUUGUCUGUGCAUCUUUAGAGUUCACAAAUUUUCUCCUAUGAGGCCACUUUUUUGCUGCUGUUACUGGUGUGGAGGCUUCUAGCAGUGGCCACUCCCCAUUUCUAAUUUGGUACGUGUGUUACAUAAAAGAGGCUAUUAAAUGAAGGCGUUGACCCUAAGUACAUGGGCUUUACUGCCGGGUCUUUGCAACAUCUAUUUUAAGGAACAUCUUGUUCAAAGACAAGAUGUUUUUAACAAACCGCCACUUUGCAUCACCUUGGGCAAGUCACAGCCCAAGCUCAGAAUCAGACUGGAAGGAAUUUUAGAGAACAUCUGGUCACAUUUUUUAAUUUCCCAGAUAACACAUGGCCCUAGAGGUGCUUUUCUGACUUUAUUUCUGAAGACCCAAGGGAUGAGAUUAGGAGGGGGCAACCCGGGUUUGGAUAGGUGGGCCGAACAAAGCAGAGUAGCUUUGGGUCUUUAAAACAAUCGGUAUCCAGUUGUCCUCUGCACAGAGCAUCAGAGACACAGAGAGAGGAAUAGCCAGGAAAAAACCAGAAUAAUUUCAUACAUUUUUUAAAGCUUAUGAGUUAGGCCUGGGGCUUGGGUGCGAGGCAUACAAAUGACCUACUUAUCUAAAGGACCCCCUCCACCUACGGUUUCCUUUAACUUAAACCGCCCCGGUGCCCAGGCCCCGGAUGAAACCCACCAUCCCAGCAUAAACCUCGGAGGGAGGAGUCAUGUGAAGAGCAUUCUCUCUCUUUCGAGAGGGGGGGGAGGGGAGGGCACUGGGUGUGGCCUAUCACACAAACCCUAUGUUUACGGAGGCCGUGAAACCUAGUUUUGCUUAGCCGCUUCCCCCAGCUCCCCACCCCCUGAAUCUUUGUAGCUGGGGAUGGAGACGUUCUUAAAUAAAAGCAAAGUGAAAGCAAAAGGUCCAUUUAAAAGGAUUUUUAAAGAAAAUAAGUCCUCUUCGGGCUUAAGCCUUCAGAUAAAACAAAGAAACCAGCAAGGUUUGGUCUUUUUUAAAGCUAAACAAGACAUUUUUCCAACGGAUAGGAGCAUCUCGGGCUAACCCGGCGGAGAUUUGGAAAUGAGAGGCCCGACCGGAGGGCGGGGAGGGAGAUCGAGGAAAAGGCGAAGCCGAGCUGGGGACCUGGAGCGCCCGAGUUAGGGGUGGCCGACUCCUCCCCAGUCCCUCGAAACCAAAAGGACGAGCAUGCGCACACUGCCUCUGUGCCAUUCCCUGGACGCUAACGGAGCUCGCGCGGAUGGUGCUGUCGGAGUUGGCCUUGCGCCUCAACAGCGCGGAGUAUAAGAACUGGGUCAAGGCGGGGCACUGCCUACUGCUGCUGCGGGGUUGUCUGCAGGACUUCAUCCGAGCCGAAGUGGAAGCUUUCCACCGGCUCAUACUAGCCGCGACCCCCAGCCUGGGCCCCCGCGUCUCCUGCCUCGGAAGCGUGCGCUGCACCCCCCGUGCUCGGCAGGUGAGAAAGGCGUCCUGGGGCAACGUUUAUUCGUCGCGCCGUCUUCCCCCAUUUCCCUUCCCACUCGCAGCCUUCGUCUGGGGCUGCUCCGGGUCUUCCUCUAGGGACGUCACCAGUUUUUCUCCAAUCCGACGGGGGCAGCCGAGUUGGCCAGAGGAAGUGAUGGACCCCAGACAUCAUCUCAAGCUUUCCGGUGUCAGACAUCCUCCCACUUCCCUCCACAGACUAGUGCGCCUUUCAGCAGCUCCUAGAAACUCCAGGAGAGCUGUCCUUCUAACCUGUAACCUCCAAACUCACGUUUCCUACCGCUUCUUGGACAUCCCAAACUGGAUGUCUCCAAUUCCCGAACGGAACUCAUUCUCUUCCUGUCCUUUUUCCCUCCCCUUCCCCUCUCCCUCCUUUUUCUAUGACUGUGGAGAGCACCGCCAUUCUCCCAGACACUGAAGCUGACCACCCAGGUGCCGUCUUGAAUCCUCUCAGAUCUGACUCCACCCCUUACUUUACCGUCUGCCAACUUCCGCGGCAUCCCUCACUUCCGGAGUCAAGCCCCUCACACCCCGCCCCCUCCUGCCUUUCGAGCCUUUUUAGGCCCUCCUUCCCCGCCUCUAACCCCUAUAUACUUCCUGUGCCAUCCGGUGACCGGCCCUCUUUGCCGCUACUGUACGGGCACUCCCUCUCCAGGCUGGGCAUUUAUUUGCACUUGCUGACCCCCCAUCCCUGCAGCACUCUUCUUCCUCAUUCCUACUGAAGUGAGGUAAACCAAGUCACUGACCGGAAGAAUCUCUUUUUUCGGGAAAGUAGAACUCAGAACUGAGCUCUCUGGGCAGGUCAGCCGGCGCAGCCUAGUUAGAAUCCAGGAGAAAAGAACUCGGUCGGUGCGGGCAGCUGGGAUGGGAGGUAGCAGGAACGCCGAGUGCCCCGCGCCACUCGCUCCACCCAGGUUGCGUCAUAAUGACCCCCCUAUAAGCACCACGGUGGCAUUUCAGCCCGGGGCAGCUUUCCCUGCGAAGGUGGCCCUGGCCAGUUAGGUAUGCAUUACUAAUAGGUCAUACGGGUUCCACUCACUGGGUGACCGGACUCACUUUAUGAAGUGCCCCUCUUCACUAUCUUCUGGAAUCCUUCAAGGCCCAGCCAAAAUCCCGCCGAGAAGCUUCUUCCGAUUCCCCUCGAUGCCCCUGGAUUGCUCCGGAUGUCCUGUGCAUCCCUUUUUUGUAACCCUUCCCUUCCCCCUGGGAGUCAAUACUGUGCAUUGGCUCCAAGGCAGAAGAGUGGUCAGGGCUAGGCCAUGGGGGUCAAGUGACUUGCCCAGGGUCACCCAGCUGGCAAGUGUCUGAGGCCAGGUUUGCAUCCCAUUUUAACCUUUGAACCGAUUUUACAUCAUUCAACUAUGAGGAUCACCUUUCUUGCCUUCUUGGAACAACCUGAGUUUCAGCCUCAGUGUCAGUUGUGCACAGAAUGGAAAAGGGAGAUUCUGAAACAUCACACCAACAGAAAUGGAGACAUCUACUGGGGAAAUUGCAAACCUGAGCGCUGGCCUUUUGACCCCUGGGAACUGGCAAAGGCCUUUAUGCCCCGGGGAUUGGCAGACAAAAAAGGUCCUGAGGAAUGUGAUGCGGUUGCUCUUCUAAGUCUUAUAAACUCCUGUGAUCACUUCAGGAUUGAUCGAAAGAAAGUCAUAGAGGUGAUUAAAUGUCGUAAUGAAAUAAUGCACUCUUCAGAAAUGAAAGUCUCUUCUUCAUGGCUGCAAGAUUUUCAGAUGAAGAUUCAAAGUUUUUUGAAUGAGUUCAGGAAUAUCCCAGAGAUUGCCGCCACAAGUGCCAGAAUAGAAAAGCUAUUGACAUUUGAUUGGGCAGUCCAUAUCCCCGGGGAUGAUCAGCUGGAUGGACCUAAAAGUGACACCAAGAUUUACCUCAGUGAAAGUGAAAUCAGUGAAAUCGAAAUGGAAUUAUUAAGAGAAAAGCUUCAAGAGAGUUAUCUUCAAGCAGAAGGACAAGCAAUACCACCUGAGGAGGUGGCAAAGCACGUGGAGGCCAUGAAGAUCUUCCUGAAGAACAACAAGGAUCUUGGAAGCAGCUUUGAAGAAGAAAUGCAGAAGUUGGAAGACUUUCAUCUCCAGCAUCAGACCGUGCGCGCAGAGGAAGCCGGGAAAGGGAGGCUGAAGGAAUUUCUUUAGUCAAAAUGAAAUAUGUUAUCCGAAGAUCAUCUGGAUUCCAGUCUCAUUGUUGGGUUGCUGAGGUGGAGCCAGGCCUGGAGUCAGGAAGAUCCCAGUUGAAAUUUGGCCUCAGACAUUUCCUAGCUGUAUGACCUUGGGCAAGUCACUUACCCUGUUUGCUUCAACCUCCUCAACUCUACAAUGGGGCUACAGUGGGUUUUUGUGAGGGUCUGUGUGUAAUACUAAGGAUAUGGAAUGAGCUAUUGUAAGAUUAAAAUUAAUAUCUGAAUUUUAAAAGUCUCCAUCUUGGUCUAGCACCCAAAAAUUGUGCACCCCCACACUACACGGGCAUGUGCUAGUCAAUGACAAAUCAGAAAUAACUAACUGCCCACCUGGGCUGUCCUAAGCCAAGCUAGAGCCAACCAUUGGCACUUGUGAGACACAGGAAGUGAGGGAGGGAACAGCCUCUGGAAUUCGCUCACUUCCUGUGGAGAGAGCAAGACGGGAGUUGGUGUUAGGAGCUUGGACAGGGAGGACGCCCGCAGACAGCUUUCCUUCAGGGCGGUCACGUGAGUUAAGGACUGGUUCUUUCCACCUUGGCCCUUUGGGCCUAAAACUCCCUCUGCCUUGGUCAGAGGUUGAGUAGCCCCUUUCCCUUUUCUCUUCUCUCCUUCUCUCCCUCUCCUUUUCCUACUCCCAGUGUGAUUAAACCUCCAUAAACUCCA